GUUUGGGAGAAUACCCACUAUUCCAGCUGUUCUAUAGAGAAGUACUGAAAGAAGUUGUGCGUCUUCCCGGGGCGGGAAUAUCUGCUUAGCAGCAUGGCAAUGGAAUGCAUCAAGCACUGCUGCAAGACCUUCCUAGGCAAGGACGCUGAGAUAGAACAGCAAGUGAUUACAAUGAAGAUGCCCCCUGCCAGAGCUAUAUCAGGUGGCCCCAGGAAGGGUGUAGGGGUAUCAGAGGACUAUCUCCUCUCUAAACUCCCCUUGGAUGGAAAAGAGAUCCCCUUUGUCCUCCCCACGUUCAAACCUUCCUACAUCCAACCACGAGGAUCACGUUACCUUGGCUACCAGACACCAGGGCUACACAGUUCAGCCAGGAGCACCUAUGCAGAGAGGAAGGAGGAGCUGUCAGAGGCCAGUCACAUAGUCUAUAACCCCGACUCCUCCCCCAACAUGUCUCCCGGAACAACACGACACAGCAAUCUGAAAAAGAGUCCCCGGGGCUCAGAAUCAGGUGGGAAUGUGACGACUGGGAAUCUGAGCAAAUCCCUGUUUGACUUGUCCAACUCCAACCCUCCCAGCCACAUACAACGUUACGACAGUGUGUCCAGUGUCCAGAGCAGCAGUGCAUCGUCCUCCCAGAGGGACUCCCUGGAGAACAGCCGUAGCCUUGAGUCCAUCACGUUGUCUGGAGAUGAGAGAGACUUGGGGAAGGUGUGUGUCCGGCUGAGUUACCAGGAGGCCCUGGAGCAGGUGUGGAUCACGUUGGUACAGUGUAAGGAUGUGUCCCUCGUCCAGAACAGCAGUGAGCAGCAGCAGAUUAGCUUUAAAGGCAUCAUCACUAUGACCAAACCAGUACAGUUCAAGAGCUCCGUCAAGGAAGGUUCUCCGGACACAGUCUUCAUGGAGACCUUUGUGUUUACGUUGCGGCUGCAGCAGCUGCGUUGCAGUGCUCUGGUAUUCCGGCUGCAGACCCACCACCCCAGGAAGAGAACGGUGGCAGAGUGUGUCCUCUCCCUCAGACAGCUGGGCCCUGAGGAGACACAGCACUGGAUGGAGCUCAGCCCCCUUUCCAAGACCACUGUGUGUCACGCUGAGCUGCACCUGGCCACCUGUUUCCAGCCUGUUAACGGACGCAUCCAACUGCAGGUCCUCGCUGCCCAGAACCUCCCUGCUCCACUCAGGCAGGCGUUCUUUGUGAAGAUAGAGAUGCAGCUGUUGGGCAGGGUGGUGAUGAAGAAGAAGACUCACGUCCUGAAGUCCUCCGGAGGUCAGCUGACCUGGAUUGAGUCUUUCUACUUCCCCUUGGCUCUGGACCAGAGCUUCCUGCUGUCAGUCAAACUGUACAGCCGCCGCUCUGUCAGACGAAAACACUUCCUCGGGCAGGUUCACCUUGGCUUCGACAGCCCAACGCAGGAAGCAGCAGAGCAGUGGAGGGAUAGCAUGUCUCACCCCGAGAAGGUGGUGGCUGUAUGGCACAGACUCAACGGGUCCUGAAACGCCUAUAGAAACUCACACAGCCUGUAGAAACUCACACAGCCUGUAGAAACUCACACAGCUCACACAGCCUGUAGAAACUCACACAGCCUGUAGAAACUCACACAGCCUAUAGUAACUCACACAGCCUGUAGAAACUCACAGCCUGUAGAAACUCACACAGCCUGUAGAAACUCACACAGCCUGUAGAAACUCACACUGCCUGUAGAAACUCACACAGACUAUAGAAACUCACACAGCCUACAUUCAAAAUGGCACCCUAUUUCAGGGGUUCUCAAAGUGGGGUCCACGGAGGUACUGACACGGAGUCUGCGGUCUACAUCUCAAAAUAUAUAUAUAAAAAAAUAUAUUUAAAAAAACAAAGAAUAUCUUAUUAAUAUUACUAACAACAACAGGUGAAAACACACAUUUUCCCAUAUGGAUCUGUGGAAUAAGUUGAUGGUGUGUAAUACAAUGUAAUAUUAUUGACCUAAAAUGUAUGUUCUUAAAGGCCUAGUGCAGUCAAAAAUGUGAUUUUCCUAUGUGUUCUAUAUAUUAGAGGUUGUAAUAAUACUGUGAAAUUGUGAAAAUGAUGAUAAUGCCCUUUAAGUGUAAGAGCUGUUUGAAAAGACCUGAAAUUUCAUCCUGUUUUGGUCGGAUGGACUUUUGGUCCGCCUGGAGACAUCACCAGGCGGUAAAUUAAUUCAUCAAAUCAAAUCCAACUUUAUUUGUCACAUGCGCCGGAAAACGACAGGUGUAGAGACCUCACCUAGAUGUCCCCUUUAGCCUUAUGAGACAACAGACCCGAUGCUGCACAAAAUGCUCUGUUUAUAAUGAUACAUUAGCCUUUAGCCUUAUGAGACAACAGACCCGAAAAACGACAGACCUUACCGUGAAACAACCCUUAACCAACAGUGCAGUUCAAUAAAGAGUUCAGAAAAUAUUUAACAAGUAAACUAAAGUAAAAAUCAUU